GUUUGUUUUCUUUUUUAUCAAUGUUUUGGUGUUGUUUGUUUCUGUAAUCAAAUUUCAAGAAUUAUUUUGUGGAGUAAUUUGUGACGUGAAAUGACAUAAAAGUAUUGUAAUUUAAAGGAGUUUUACGUUUCACGGAGCCAUCAUGGAGGUAAUGGAUGGAACAUCCGACGUUCCUGGUAACUUCAUUCACAUGGUUAUGCCAACGAUUAAACAGGAACUUCAGAUUCGUCCUACACACCACUCCCAAAAAGAAAAACCUCUAAAUCAAGUUGAGCUGGAAACAAACAAUCAUCCUGAAAGGAUGAACAUGAUGAAGACACAUUCAAUUAUUUGGCUAUGAAUCCAGUUCAACAACCAUAUGUUAUAAAGAGCGAGCCUCCGGAUGCUUGUGAACCAGAUUACCGAUUGCAAGAAAUUGGCAAGCAGAAGGUUCCAGAAAGUGAACGGGGAAAUGCAGAGGGGAGUCACCGCACCUAUUUGAACGAGAGCACCGGCUACGAGGAGCAGCUCGUGUCGUCCGCAGAAGAGAGCUGUGUGCGGGAGGACGGUGCGUUGAAGGAGAGAGGGGAUAAACAACUGGAGGAACUGGACAUGGAGGUUGAUGAACCGUCAGAUGAGGAGUCUGGAGGAGAAGAAGCAGAGGAGGAGGAAGAAGAAAAGGAAUCUCCAGAUGCUUCAGAAUCAAGCAAACCUAUAUCUGCAACUGAGAGGUUGCAUCAAAAAUGUCAAGAAACAGAUGUCAAAAAUUCUACAGAUAAGAAAUUUAUUGACGGUUCUCUGCCGUUCGAACUGGAGCCCGGAGACAGGCCGUAUGGGUGCUCCGCGUGUACAGAAAGCUUCAUCAUGCUGAAGGAGCUGAAGAAACACAUGCUGCUCCACACAGACCACGACAACAUCGUGUGCAAGAUCUGCGGGGCGGAGUACAACCACCGCACCGUGUUGAAGAAGCACAUGAUCGAGCACGCGAUCGUGCGGCCUUACCGGUGCCCCAAGUGCGCAAAGACCUUCGCGAACAAGCACAACCUCAAGAACCACAUGCUGACGCACACCGACGACAGGCCCUUCGCCUGCCAGGCGUGCGACCUCAAGUUCGCGGCGAGCAGCAACCUCAAGAGGCACGCGGCCUCGCACACGGGCGAGCGCCCGUUUGCCUGCGUCGUCUGCGCGGCCGCGUUCGCCCAGAAGAGCUCGCUGGUGGCGCACGUGGCCACCCACAGCAAGGAGAAGUCCUUCGCGUGCACCGUCUGCAAGGGCACCUUCACCCGCGUGCAGACGCUCAGGCAGCACUCGCUCGCCCACCGGGGCGAGAAGCCGUACAAGUGCCAGACCUGCGACUCGCGCUUCUCCUACAAGAGCAACCUGCACCGCCACAUGGCAGGCCACACGGGGGUCAGGCCGCACGGCUGCCUGCUGUGCGGCGCCCGCUUCCUGUACCGCUGCCACCUGCGCCACCACAUGGCAAGCCACUCCGCCGACACGCCCUACACGUGCUGCUUCUGCGGCACCAACUUCACGCGCUCGCACGGCCUACGGGAGCACGUCAACGCCUCGCACCCGGGCGAGACAGACUUCUCGUGCGGCACGUGUGGCAACAAGUACGCCGUGCUGGAGCUCAUGCUGGUGCACAUGCUCAACCACUCCAAGACCUCGGCCAGGGCGUCCCGAGUCUGAGGGCUCCCGUCGUGCACGCUGGCAGGCGACGUGUUGACAGUACAAGAGGAAAGUCUCUUUCUUGCCGUUACUCGGGAGGUGAUUGAACAGUGGCGUUUCUCUGUUCCACUGGACAUUCGCACUCUUUCCUCUGAAGUCACCUUCGUAGAUCUCAGAAGCAUCGUGUACAGCAUCGGAGCAAUAUUUUAUGUUUGUUUCCCAUGGAAAUCACCUCUGCUCCUUUGUGGCCGGUGCUCAGAAGCCAUGCGUAGUUAAAACAUGAUGUAAAGAACCCAUAAUAUGGGAUGACAACUUGGUUCCUUGUCAGGAGAAAAUUCUUCAAAGUUCUUCCCUGGCAAGCAUUGCUUUUAUGUGAAGAUAUAUUCAGCUGACUGAUUUGAGUAUAAAACAACAUUAAAUACAUAUUUGUCGGUUUUAUUGAUAAAUUUGUACAUUUUUUUAGGACAAUAUUAUGUUCUAUUUUAUGUGACACCUUGUUGUUGAACGACGUAAUGAAUUGACAUAUAUAACAGUAAAUAUUACAUUUAAAUUUUUUAUAGACAAUGUGCGUUUGUGAGAAAAUUAUUAAUGGGGCUCUUGUACAUUAUGUGCUCAUUCUAUAGUUAAAACUUAACUGCACAAAUCGUAGAGAAAGUUUAAUAGGAAGCAGAAAAUUUGACAAAAAAAAUAUAAAGUUUUGGGAAUCUAAAUGUGACCAUAUGGUGUGGCAAGGAUUGUGAUAAAAUAAGUUUGUGUUUUUCAGUGCACAUAUUACAUUAAUUUUUGAAAUAAGGUCAAUAAAUUAGAACAAAAAUUAUAAGUCCUUCACACAGCAAGCACUAUUGAGAUUCCUCUAUAACAGCGUUGUCUCAAAUUGGGAAGAGGGGAUUAUAAUUUUUUGCGCUGGCCCUACCAAUCUGAUAUAAAAUAUUAAAACCAACAAACUUUCAAAUUUUGAUGUUUGGGAUAAGGGUAGCUAAAAGGAGAAUGUUAAAGUAUUUGUUAAAGUAUUAGUGUUGUACUGAGUAUUGACAUCGGCCGGGGCUUCGCCCUGAGCCUGGACAGGAUCCGCUCCCUUCCUCACUUUUCCCUCUCGGCAUUUCACCGCGAACGUGUGUUUGUUUUGAAUUACGCGCCAGGACCUCCCUCAUGAGGGCGCUGUAGAAGCAGUGCGACGGCCCCUAAUUAUGCACCUAAUUAAUUAUUGUAACCUUUUAUUUUUAGCCCCAGUGUUUUUAUGUUCAAGCCAACGUGCUCUUUUACUUAAUUUAAUAAUAUAUUCUAGUUUUACAGACGUUGCGCGGACGAAUCCGCACGGACCGGAACUUGACCUCAGUUGUGAUUCUGGGCAAGCUCGCGAAUACUUUUUCAAUAAAAUCAGCUGACGUGUAUUGAGCAUUGGGGAAUACGUCGUUUUUAGACCAAUUUGUUACAAAUUAUUUUAUUGUAAAAAUGCAGCAUAUUAAUUUUAACACUAUUUUAGUCAGAAGUGUGAAUGAACGAGUACUAUUUGUUUGUUGUACUCAGUCUUCUGAAUUACUGUUUUCUUUUUUAUGGUUGUAAUUAUCCAGCACACCUUUUAAAGUUCAGUGCUUCUAGGUUAGAGCCACACAUGUGAAUUAACAACUAGCUAGUAUUGUUACUGAACUUUCGCUUAUUAAAAUAAUCAUUGAUUCGAUUGAUUUCUGUCCUUGGUUCUAUCCGUGACUGAUGCAAAACAGUUAAUUUCAGGUAAAAAUAAUAAGUGUUAAUGGUUUUUAAUUAAGAGUAUUGUGUUUUGUAAUUGAAUGAUGUGUUUUGUAAUUAUCUUCACUUUCGCCGGGGCACGGGAUCAUUAAUUAACGUAACAGUUUUUGUACGGCGGAAGUGCGCCAUUGCGAGGGUAGCGUCGCCAGUUCCUCUUCAACAGCCAUCGAGAGUAGACGCUUCAGCACCCCGGGGGCCGCAAUCUUUGUGCAUCUGAUCAAGUAUUUCUGUUUUAUAAUUUGUUCCUAAAUAAUUUCAAUCUCUAGAACCUAGGGGCCGCUCUCGGUCGGUGGGACGUUUAAUUAAAUAUUUAUAUAACUCGUUACGAGCUUCUUUGUCGCAGUCCACAGGAGACACUUAGCGCAUGGCCACAUGGUUGGCCCACGCUUUACCUAAGCUGAUCCAUGCCCAGGCCUUUUACUGUUUUAAUGGAGAACGUGUAGGGAGGCGUGAGUUAUGAUAUUAAACCUAAAUUUUAACUGAGUCGUGAGUUAUAUUUUACGUAAUGAGAAUCCAACCUUUGUACGAGUGUGGCGUGCCCGACGCCUAGAGCGGGCCAGGUUUGGUGUAGAUCGACAUAAGUGAAUCAAUAGGGCUGGUAACUCGUCCCACAUGGGUCACGUCACGCCCUGAGAGAGAUGAUCGGCCGGGGUGCACGUGCCCACUCACGUGGUGGCGCCCAUAUAAACAUCUUUUCCCGUGAAGCAGUGGAGAAGAUAGCCCUCAGUAUAUUGUGAAUACUAUUACAAUUUAUGAGUUUUAUAUAGUAUAGGAUAUCACUCGUUUAUAGCUGUAUAAUUAUGAAUAUUUGUGUUCUGAUUGUUGGCAAGGCUGUCAUGAAAAAAAAGGGGAAAAGUUGUUUCCCUUUUUUUUUUAAUGCUUGAGUUUAUCCUGAUAAUAAGAAGGUGAAAUUACAAGACCUGCUAAUAGAAUUCAUUGAAAACCUUACAAGUAUUGUAGGGUUUAAAGUAAUGGGAGGUGGCCCGUUCAAGUCCAGCAAACUGUUUUAAUAUGAAGUAAACGGUUUUUAUAAGAAAGUGUGUGGCCAGAGAUAGUAGACUGUAACUUCGGUAAAGUAAUUGUGUUGUUAUUUGUCAAAAGCCUUGCUGAGACUAUAGAGCUCGAGCAGUAGUUGCAGGCGGUAAUGUUAAAGACAUUGUGUGUUUAUGUGGUAGUUGUAAGUUAUCAGAUUGGUGUUUGUUUAGGUACAGUGACUGCCUGUGUGGGGGCGAACGGCAGCAGUUGGAUUUAUGCCCACGAGAAACGUGCAAUAUAUGUUAUAUUAUUUUCUUAAAAUAAAAUCUGUUAAUAUUGGAA